AUGGAAAUCGAAAGUUACUUCGUAGCUCCCCCGGCCCUUGACCUCGCCUUGCACUUUCUUCUCACCUCCUUCCUGACACUUCGCACCACGCCGAACCUCUCUCUUCCCUCCUUCAAGUCCAUCCUCAACCCCAACCCGACGACCUGUCAAACCAGUCCCACGAAGACGUCUCCUCAACAGGAAUCGACCAUCUCUCCUCCUGCUGCAUCAGCACAGGACGGCACUGGCCAUCGUCCGCCAUCCGCCCCGACGUCCCCGGCCCUUUCGUCCACUUCUACGGCCGCCGACGGCGAGGACCUCGGGUCCUCCCCCGUUUUGCCUCCGCUACCUGCCCCUAGGCUGCCCGAUCGAGCCCGGGAUAUUUUGCGGAAUAAUCAACCCGAAGAAGAGUACGUGACUGCAAGUUGGGGCUCGCCUUACUCGACAGAAGAGACGAAGAACCUCGCCCGCCAGAGCUUCGGCAGCGACGAAUCCGACGGCUCGCCAAUAAUUCAUCACCUGGCUAUUGAUACCCCCUUUCUUCGUCCGCCACCCUCACUGUCCCUCGGAGGGAGUCCAGACGACAACGACAUCAGAGACGACGAGGACGGCGGAGAGCCCGAACCGUUUAUUAGCGCAGCUCAAGUCCUCGCGAACCGCGCCCGACGACCUGCGCGACGACUCACCGAAGACUGGAUUCGCCAGCACACUGCGGGUGAGAAUUCAGAAAGCCGCCAUUGGUUCAGCGACGGAAGUGAGCACUCUUCACUGAGCGGCUCAGGAUCUGCAGACGAAUCGUGGCACGAGAAGGAGUCAUUGCGAACGCCGAAAGCGAACUCAGGCGUUGCCCGCGACCCGCAUUUGGCGCCGCGCCAUCCCCGUGCCCGCUCCAGCGCCGAGACCCUCAAGCCGGAGGACGUGACACCGAAACGUCCGACAAACAUGGAGAGCCCCGAGCUUUCCAAGGCCGAAAUGGCCCGCAAUUCAGAUCUUGCCGUCCCGUCGACGCCCCGGAGAACUGCUAGCGCCGCUACCGGCGAGACGACGGCGAAGACCCCGAUAACACCGAUGAGAAGCGCGUCCGCUAGAGUUACGAUCCAAGAGCCGACCAGGACGCCCCGCAUCAAGAAGAAGGUUCCGUGGAAGGGUAAGAAUAUUAUGGUUCUUCUUCCCAAAGACGAUGAACGAGGACGCCCCGGCCAGGCGCCCAAGCCUCUCAACCAGACUGAAGUCGAAGGAAUGUUCAGAGAGUGGCAAGAUCUUGGUUACGACAUCAGUGGCUUCGACUUGGAUGCCGCAGCCGGCACUUACCAGGAGCCUUCCGGCUACUCCCAAAGUCGAGAUGGAUGGCCCUCAUUCGAGGACAUGAUUCGAGAGCGAGCAGAGCGUGCGUAUAAGGUCACACUGCCUGAUUUGAACGCUUGGAAGAAUUACGUGAAUGAGCUUAACGAAGCCAAAUUGCGUGCUCUUGGAGUGUCCUUCGGCGACGACGACCCGCCUGCGCCCUCCAUCUCUCCCGCAGUAUCGCAGCCAAGCAGACAAGCCUCUGCGCAAUACCCGCCCUUGCCGUUCUCUCCCCCGCUGCCUACCUCCUCUGCGUCCAGCAACCACGCAGGUUUCCCUUUCCCGUCGCAAUUCAUGCCUGGACGAUCUUCCCACACCCACAGUCCCAGCAUUGCUUCCCCUGUCGGAUUCGGCAGCCAUCCUGCAAAGUACAACGCUCGGCAGUCCAUCUCGGUUCCUAUGGGUCACUCGCCCUUCCAGCUCGCGAACCAGCCGUCUCCUCUUGGCUGGGGUCAGCACAGAACAGACUCGCCAUCAAUGCUUAACGGCAUCCUGUCACCAGUAUCUCCGUUCACCCCUGAAGGAUUCGCACCGACUGGCAGCCCUGCCUUCAACGCGCAUCAGCGACACCAGUCUUUGCAGUACCCGAUGCUUCCCCAUCAGUUCAUGCAGCAGCAACAGCAGCCCGCGAGAGCAUCACCGCGCCUGCAAGAGGUGCGCGAGGAUGAGGAAGAAGAGGAACCCGCGGAGGAGCCCAAGAAGUCAUCCGAGGCUGCGCAGAGGAACAGCGAUGAUCUCCAAGCCGAAAUCGACGAGGCCGAGUAUCAUCUCGAGGAGCAGAUGCGCAACGAGUUGGAGCAUGAGGACUACAGCCCCCACAACGAAGAGGCCGCCGCGGAACAAUUCGCAAGCAUCCCAGACGAACAGCCCGUGUCUCAUGCGACUAAGCCGUCUGUCCACUUCCCGGAGUUUGUCCCCAAUCAAGAGUUCAUUCCCCAUCAGGAAUUCGUUCCCCAGCACUUCCAACCGCAGGAGUUUCAACCGCAGGACUUCCAGCCUCAAGAGUUUAUCCCUCAAGAAUUCACUCCUCAGGAGUUCGUGCCUCAGGAAUUUCAACCUCAGCAAUUCGCUCAGCAAUCUGGCGAUGGCCCUGUGCUCCAUCACCCCCGUCCCCACAGCCGCGGUCACUCGUUGUCGCAGAACUUCUUCUCUCAUCACGAUGAGAACCGGCCGAGAAACGACAGCUUCUCCGGAUGGCACGAUGUCAACUCUCAACGGAUUGAUGAGGCCGCUGAAGUCGAGACCAACCCCAGCAAUCUCGGCACCCCUGUCCAGGACUUCAACCUUGCAACUCUCUUGCAACAGCACCAGCGAUCCUUCUCCACCCAGAGCAACCCGUGGAACGACGUGUCUUCCGCCAACAGCAGCUCUGGUCAACAGAGACGAGGCAGCCACGCCAGCAAGCCCUCGCUCUCUAAGCUCAACGUCAAAGCUCCAGAGUUCAAGUUCAACCCUGGCCACGAGUCCAAGACUAGCUUCACCUUCGGAGCCGGUGCCAGUAACUCUUUCCAGCCGACUGUUUUCCAAGCAGGAUCUAUCGCGCCAUCCAUCACUUCGCCAUCAGCGCAAUCGUUCGGCGCACAGUCCACUUCGUCCAAGAUUAAUGCUGCUGCCCCUGUCUUCUCCCCUGGACAGAGCGAUUUUAGCUUUUCGGCUUCUGGUCCGAAGUUUCGACCGGAUGCGCCCGCCUUCACACCCUUCGGAGCUGUUUCGGAUUCACUUGCCAGCCCUACGUCGGGUAGCGAGAGCAUUGGAAACCACAGCUCGAUCUUUGGCAACAUUGAUCUGAACCUUUCCGACGCCUCCAAGCCUGCCAAGAAGUCAAAGGCUAUCCCCAUUGUCCGUCCUAGCAGCAGCGAGAAGAAGACAUCGGACGAGGAUGGAAUGAAGGAGGACGCUGACGGCCGUCCAAUUGGUGGACCUGCCAAGAGAGCGAAGGCAUCUCGUGGAGAUGGUGACGAUGUACCUCAAUUUGCUGAGCCGUCACCCGAACCUAUGGCGAUGCAGUCCCUGCGGCCUGCAUCGAAGACCGAAGAUUUGGAUGCUUCCGGGCACAAGUCAGGCGAUGACCAGGCUCCUACGCCAGCUGACACUACCAUGUCUUCAACUGUGGCUUCCGAGCAACCCACCGACUCAAAGGCGGUCUCUGCUACUAGCCCCUCCGAUACUUCUCCCGAUCAGCAACAGCAAAACUGGGCGCCUUUCGAAUUUGACUCGAAGGAUGAACUGGCAAACUUCAACGAAGCUCGGCCUUUCGGCAUUGACACAUACAAGAAGGGCCACAACAAGUCCCUUUCUGCUACUGCCAAGGCCUUCACUCCUGGUGGCGGUUGGGGCUCCACGGCUCAGGAGGACGAAACUGAAGAGGAAGAGGAAGAAGAGGACGAGCGCGACAGAGAAGACACUAUCGAGCCUUUCGUCCCUAGCACAGAGGCCGUUGCUCCGUCACCUCGUGAACCCUCUCCAGCGCCAUCUCCGCCACCGAAGAAGGUUGCCCUGCCUAGAGGGCUCGGUGCUUCUCGGUUCGCCAGCCCGCCCAAGGCUAAGGGUCUUGCGGCUUCUCGAUUCGCUGCGUCACCUUCGCCUGCUCCUGAGCCUGAGCUCGAGGAGGGUGAAAUCCCUGAUGACUAUGUUGUCUCCGAAACUGAGGAGGAGUACGCCGAUGAGCCAGAUGCUGCCCCUGCGUUCACCUUCGGCAGGGAAGACACUGCCGAGUCUGUGGAGGAGAAGCAUGAGCCGACAUUCGAGGAAAUCGAUGCCAUCAUGGAUCACCUCAACCAGAACGACCCUACCCUUGGUGUGAACAGAUCGAACGUCGAUCUCAGAUAUCACCAAGCCAGCCCGAACCGAAACAUCCAGGUCACCCACACUUCGCCAUACCGCCUGCAACCGGCGGCGCAAUAUCGCAGUGGCACUUCAAGCCCUAUCCGCCAAUACCGUGGCCUUCCAGGAGAUUCUGCUCUGCCAUCUACUGAACUGGAGGAUCCUUUCGUCGACCCACCUCUGAGUGCCCAGUCUUUCGAUGCUCCCGUCACCAACCUCAACAUCGGAAGCGCGGAGCAAAGCGACUGGGAGGGAGCCUUCAGCGACGAGGAGCAGGCAAAGCUGGAGCAGCGCGUGCAGUUCUUCGACGGCCGUGUCAACGACCGUGUCAGCGAUCUCCUCGCUACCCGCCUUGCCCCUAUGGAGAAGGCUCUGCUCUCUAUCCAGCAGUCUCUCCGCGGUGGCUCACGCAGAGCCUCGUCUUCUGUUCGUCGCAGCACCUCCGCAGAAAUCCAGCAUAGCGAUGCCGAUGAUGAGGACGAGGAGCCCAUGCCCCGUCGCUCGCUUAGCCCCCGCCGUGACAGGCGGAUGGAGCAUAUUCGUGCCGCCGUUCUCGACGCCUUCGCGGUGCACCAGCGCAAUAUUCCUACUCCUGCCGCACCCUUGGCUGCCUCUGCCCCUGCUUCUGACGACACCAGCAACGCUGUCCUUCGCGCUUUGGAGGAAAUGAAGGAGCAGUUCGGCACGUCCAUGCGCCUUGAUUUCCGUGGCGAGGAUCUCCGCAACAUUGUUGAGGAAGCUGUCGAGAAGCGCAUGCCCACCCCAUCUCAGCAGCCUACAGCUGAGCGCGAGUCCGAUGAGGCUGUCAACAAUAAGCUCAGCGAGCUCCAGGCCAAGGUCAUGGACCUCGAAGAGCGCCUCUACGCCGAGCAGACCAAGGUUGAGAAGGAGGUUACUGAGCGUCGCGGUGCCGAGGACCUCGCCGCAGAGCUCGAACGCAAGCUGCAAGCUGCCGAGACUCGUGUUGAAAUUGAGAUCAUGAACCGCAGCAUCUUUGACAACCGCAUCGGUGAUCUCGAGGAGAAGCUCCGACAACAGGAAGAGCGGGCUCAUCAAGAACUCGAUGGCCGCCGUACCGCCGAAGAUAGACUCUCCGAGGUCCAGCGCUUGCUUCGCAUUGCUACCGAGGAAGAGAACCGUCUCCGCGAAGUUGUUGACGACCGGGAACACAAGAUCAAGGCUUUCGAGCAGAGUUCUUCUAACCACUUGGUGCAAAUAGCGCUUAUGGAGGCUGCUCAAACAAAUGCUACACAAGCACAGACUGAGCUCACCAACAAGAUCAACCACAUGGAUGAUGAGCUCCGGGCUACCACUCAAGAAGCCAACCGCUGGAGAUCCGAGGCCGAGCGCGUCAUUGAAACCGCUCGCCGCCAGCAGAUCGACCUCAACGAGACCGUCAACGAGAACAAGCAGUUGCAGAAGUUCCUCGACACCCUCGGCACUCAGCUGCAGGAGAACGAGCGCGUCAGGGAAAGCUGGCGUGCCAAGUUCGUCUCCCUUCAGGAGGACAUGGCCCAAGCUGCGCGUGACAUCACCGAAGAGAAUGCUCGCCGCACUAAGCGCGAGCAAGCUCUCGUGGCCCGACAAGAGGUUCUUGAUGCUAAGCUUCAGGCCGAGGCUCGCACCCGCGAGCGUAUCGAGACCGAGCUUGAGCGUCUUGAGAGCGGUGAACGCCAGGGCAUGCGCGCCGUCAAUGAAUGCAAGCGUCUUGAGGGCAUCCUUGGUGAGAUGAAGACGGAGAACCACAAGCUUCACCAGACUGCCCUUCAGUACAAGCGUGAGUUUGAGGAGGCUAGGGAAUCUGGCGCCAGCGAGGUCCAGCGUACUCGCCUUGCUAUGCAGCACGAGAUUGAUCAAGCCAAUCACCACGUCAAUGUCGUUCGCGAAGAACUCGAAGAGCAGAUUGCCAAGCUCAGAGCCGACAACGACCAACUCACCAUGGACAUGGAGACUUCCAAGGCUCAGUCUGAGAUGAUGGCCGAGGCCGCUCAGAGCAGCGAGACUCAGAUGAUCGAGGAGCUCAAGCGCAAGCACCAGAACGAAGUGGAGGACAUUCAGGCCCGCUGGGAGCGACAGCUUAACAAUGCUGUCGAGGACGCCCAGAAGACUGAACAACACCUUCUCGAGCGUCUCAGCCUCUCCACCUCAAAGACUGAGCAUCUCCAAGACCGUGUUGCUCAUCUGGAAGAGAAGGUCGAGAUUGCCCGUGAGGCUGCCCGCGCCGCCGUCCAGGCCGCCAAGUCCGCUGGUGUUGAGCCUUCUCAGCCCAUCGCUGCUAUCCCGGCCAAGGCUGCUGCUACUGUUGCCGUUGCCGCCAAGUCGAUGGAGCUCCCAGAGAAGAUCUCGCCGCAGGCUCUGCGCGAGUCAAUCAUGGUUCUGCAAGAGCAACUCCAGGCUCGCGAGCAGCGCAUUGAGGAGCUCGAGUCCACCGUCGACAAGCUGGACCCUGAGGCCCCCGCAAAGAUUACCAAGCGCGACGACGAGAUCACUUGGCUGCGCGAGCUUCUCGCAGUCAGACACGGCGACCUGCAAGAUAUCAUUCAGGCCCUCUCCGCUCAGGACUUCGACAAGGAGGCUGUUAAGGACGCCGCCAUCCGUCUUAAGGCGAACUUGCAGAUGGAGGAACAGGAGCGCGAGCGUGCGAUGAACGGCGGGUCGGCUAUCAACCUGCCCAACAUUGCUCAGUCUCUGAGGGAAGCCGCCACGCCGCGCGUCGCUCAGGCUGUCGGCCCCCUUGCCGCUGCUUGGGGUAACUGGCGCAAAUCCCAGGCGCCCUCUUCCAGAGCGGCUGCUCGCCCCUCGUCGUCCAGAUCUGCCUUCAACAGCAACCACACACCUUCCAGAUCCACUGUCUCGACUUCAUCCAACAACAACUUGCUUGGAGGACUGCUCACGCCUCCGGCAUCUGGCCUUCGCCAGACACCUCCCACACACGCCGACGAGCCCCAACCCACGGCCUUCCAAACAACUGGUCGCCGCUACACGGCUCAACAACUACAGGCACAGGCGCAGGCACACGCUCGCGGACCUUCUGUCACCAACGGACAGCCCGGGUUCAUGUCCCAGAAGAGCCCACCGCUUGGUCGUCCAUCAAGCCGGCAACAGCCCAUGACCCCACCGAUGAUGCGCUCGAGCGCCUACGACUCAGAUGCUCAUCCGGGCGAUUUUGACGACCAUGACUUCUUUGAAGAUUAA